AGUCCGAGAGUGAGAGAGAGCAUCAACGGUGUUUUUCCGAUGGACGUUUUUUCGUAAUUGGCGCGCGGAUUAUGCCGUGUUUCGGGCAAAUAUUUGAAGUGCGAUAAGAGCCGGUGUCAACGGAUCUUUCGGUCUUUUAGAUUCACGAUGGCGACGAUUGAAGUGACGACGCGGAUUUGUGGAAAUAAUAGCUUGUUUAUUUUAUAGUGGCGUGUCCGAGUUUUGCUUCAGCAGUGACAUGUGUGGCUCUUUAGAGGUCGAUUCGGCACGAGGCACGUUCAGGUCUUCCUAAUGUUCCUGGGGAUGAUGAUCGCUUACGCGCUCAGGGUCAUACUGUCGGUGGCCGUCGUCGCCAUGACCAAGCCGGAAACUGCCAAUCCUGACUUCAAGGCCUACAACUGGAGCUCAUCGGAGCAGUCUCUAGUGCUGAGCUCGUUCUUCUGGGGCUACAUCGUGACGCAGGUGCCCUUCGGUUACCUGGCGAACGCCUGGAGUGCUCAGAAGCUGUUGUCGGGUGGUCUCUUCUUCUGCGGUCUCCUGAGCAUCGUCAUCCCUCUGGUAGUUGAUCAGGGCGGCUGGAUAAUCGUCUGCGUUUGUAGAGUCGGUAUGGGUCUGAGUCAGGGUUGCGUGUUACCAGGAAUUCAAACGCUUCUGGCCAGGUGGGUGCCACCGUCCGAAAGGGCCCGACUAGGAACCUUCGCUUACGCGGGUGGCCAGUUGGGCACGGUUCUGACGAUGCCGAUUUCAGGUCAACUCGCCGCGUCCAGCCUGGGCUGGCCCAGCAUUUUCUACGUAUUCGGAGCAUUGGGCAUAGGCUGGGCUGGUCUGUUUCUCACUCUGGGCUCCGACGAGCCUGAAUCUCACUCCAAGAUCAGCGAAGCCGAGAAGCGAUACAUCCGGGAGAGCCUCGGAAAAACCGUUGGUUCCCAGGAUGAAAAGGAGAGACUUCGAACGCCAUGGAAAGAGAUUUUCACAUCGCUGCCAAUGUGGGCAUUGAUUAUCGUCCACUGUGGACAAAAUUGGGGCUUCUGGCUAUUGCUGACGGAGAUACCAACGUACAUGAGUGAAAUUGUUGGAUACAGUAUAAAAGAGAACGGCCUGAUCUCGGCCCUGCCUUACUUGACGAUGUGGAUACUGAGUUUCCCGGCGAGUUGGUUCUCGGACUUGGCGUUGCGCCGUGGUGCACCUCGAGGUGCUAUCCGCAAGGUCAGCAACACCGUGGCUCACUGGGGACCGGCUCUGGCCCUUCUCGCCCUUUGCUUCGUCGACGUGGCUAAUAAGAGUGUGCCCGUCACGCUUCUCAUCAUAGCUGUUGGUCUCAAUGCUGGUGCAAUCUGUGGAUUUCAGAUCAACCAUAUCGAUCUCAGCCCUAACUUUGCUGGUACCAUGAUGUCGAUAACGAAUUGUGUCGCGUCUAUUAUUGCCAUUAUUGCACCGAUCAUCUGUGGGGAGAUCGUUAAGGAGCAGACAAAUGUUGAGCAGUGGCACAUCGUGUUCUACAUUUCUGCCCUGAUCUACUUCUUGGGUAAUCUCGUUUUCAUAGUCUUCGGCAGCGGCGAAGUUCAGUGGUGGAACGAUCCAGCGUCUGCGCCCAUCGAGAUGAGUGGAAAACGGUCGUAUCAAAUAAACACAAUAUCGACAGCUUAUAAUCCAAAUAACAUGACACUGAAGCAGAUAAAAUCCAGCGAAGCGUCUUGAUUUAAGACGCCUAAACUCAAAGAGAUUCUUUAUGAAAAGACUGUCCACAAACAUGUUCGUAUACAUUGUCGUUAUCUUUUUUUUAAACCAUAUAUUGUUGAUUGAAUUUUAGUAAUUUUUAGAUAGUUACUGAGCAAGUCAAUCCAAAGUGUAUUUAUAAAAGUUUAUGGUUAUAUACGCAAACUUAUUAAACGUUGAAAACUUUUUUUAUUUAAUUACAUGCAGGCGAUGUAACAAAGUGGAUUUAAUUUUUGGACUAUAUUGUGUUAAAGAUUGGGAGUAUUUAUAGUAAAAAAAUUUUUUGUGGAUCCAUGAUGUAAAUAUUGUAAAUAUACUAAGACAACCGUAAGCAGUUAUUAUUGUUAAAAGAUAUAAUUAAUUAAACAUACGAACGUACGGUACUAAUGCUAUAAAAAACUUGUAAAAAAAUAUUUCAAUAUUUUGUAUACAAAUAAAAAAUGACUAUGUUGUUAUCAACAAUGUACACAUAAAUAUGGUGAUUUAAUAAAUAGUAGAGUGUUAAAUAUA